UGAAUUUUGUGGUAGGAUCCAUCGAUGUGCUCAAGUUAAAUAGAUCUCAUUGGAACAAAUAUGUCUACACAAUCAUUGGAGCAGACGACACUUGAAGGAUUGAAGAAGCUUCCGGAAGGUGAAAAGCACCAAGAUGAAAAGGCUGGGGGGCUGCAGGUGUCACAGCAGCAGCCAUAUGAUCCUGUUCAGAUGAUUAAAAAUGGGUUCCGUUAUUUCAUGAAGCACAUAUACGACCCUGCCGUCAUAGAAGGUCAGCACCCCAAGUUCCUGGUUUUUGCAUGCUCAGACUCUCGAGUUAGCCCUUCUCAUGUCCUGAAUUUCCGGCCUGGUGAAGCCUUCAUGGUCUGCAAUGUUGCGAACCUGGUUCCAGCAUUUAACCAGUUGAGGUACUCUGGCACUGGAGCAGCCAUCGAAUUUUCUGUGAAAUAUUUAGAAGUGGAGAACAUCUUGGUCAUUGGACAUAGCCUUUGUGGUGGGAUAAAAAGACUUAUGGAACUUCCAGAGGAUGGAUCUACUUCCAAUGACUUCAUAGAUGACUGGGUCAAAAUUGGCUUACCUGCCAAAGCCAAGGUCCUGGCAGAGAAUCCGCAUCUCACACAUGAACAACAAUGCGGAAUUUGUGAAAGGGAAGCCGUGACUCUGUCGCUGGUGAACAUACAGAGCUACCCAUAUGUUAGGGCAGCAAUGGCAAAGGGAAAACUAGCACUGAUGGGUGGCUACUAUAACUUUGUUGAGGGAAACUUUGAGCUUUGGAAGAUCAAGUAUCAUAUUCAAAGCCCUGAAAUAAUUAGACCCUGAAAGUUUCUCUGCCCUCUUUGUUCCUUUGGCCCUUUAGCUCUUUAAGCAUGCUUGUACGUUUUGUUUGCCUUUGGUGUUCGCAGUAAUGAAAUUAUGCAAGUGUGGUGGUGAUGAAAGCAAUAAUAGUAAUAAUUUGGUAAUGAAUAAAGCUUGGCAUUUGGCAGCUCUUUGCAUAUUUGCUGCUUCAUUUUCGCAGCAC